GUGUGUGUGUGUGUGUGUGUGUGUGUGUGUGUGUGUGUGAGAAAGUGGGUGUGAGCAGCUGAGCGAGUUGGUCGCUGUGCGCGCUCCGCUCUGAGUGGCCGCCACUCCACAGUUCCCCGCUCAUCCAUGCUGGACUAAAAACCUUUUUCUUUCUGUGUUUCUUUUUUUUUUUUUUUUGUCAGUUUUUUGGGGGAUUCAUUCACAGCUGUUUGGGAUUCUUUCUCUUUCUCACACACACACGCACACACACACACACACACACACACGCACUCCUCAACAGCUGCUGAAAUGAGCGAGGAGGCUAAAGAGAAAGCUUCGGGGAAGUCGGCUCAUCGUAAGAAGAAAGGGAAGAAGACGGAUGUGAACGCCUGCUACCUGCGAGCGGCCCGGGCGGGAAACCUGGAGAAGGCUCUGGACUACCUGAAGAAUGGAGUCGACAUUAACAUCUGCAACCAGAACGGCCUCAACGCUCUGCAUCUGGCGUCCAAGGAGGGCCAUGUGGAAGUGGUGGCCGAGCUCAUCAAGCAGGGCGCCAACGUGGACGCGGCCACCAAGAAAGGAAACACGGCGCUGCACAUCGCGUCGCUCGCCGGCCAGACGGACGUGGUGAAGGAGCUGGUCACCCACAGCGCCAACGUGAACGCCCAGUCCCAGAAUGGCUUCACCCCGCUGUACAUGGCUGCACAGGAGAACCACAUGGACGUGGUUCAGUUCCUAUUGGACAACGGCUCCAGUCAGAGCAUCGCCACAGAGGACGGCUUCACCCCCCUGGCGGUGGCGCUGCAGCAGGGCCACGACCAGGUGGUUUCCCUCCUGCUGGAGAACGACACCAAGGGGAAGGUGCGGCUCCCCGCGCUGCACAUCGCCGCCCGGAAGGACGACACCAAGGCGGCCGCCCUCCUCCUGCAGAACGACCACAACGCCGACGUGGAGUCCAAAAUGAUGGUGAAUAGAACAACAGAGAGCGGCUUCACCCCUCUGCACAUCGCGGCUCACUACGGGAACAUCAACGUGGCGACGCUGCUGCUGAACCGGGGCGCGGCCGUGGACUUCAAGGCCAGGAAUGACAUCACGCCGCUGCACGUAGCGUCCAAACGUGGCAACAGCAACAUGGUCCGCCUGCUGCUGGAGCGAGGCGCCAAGAUCGACGCCAGAACCAAGGACGGCCUGACUCCUCUCCACUGUGGCGCUCGCAGCGGCCACGAGCAGGUGGUGGAGAUGCUGCUGGACAGAGGAGCUCCCAUCCUGUCCAAGACCAAGAACGGCCUGUCUCCGCUGCACAUGGCCACGCAGGGCGACCACCUCAACUGCGUCCAGCUGCUGCUGCACCACGAGGUCCCGGUGGACGACGUGACCAACGACUACCUGACGGCGCUGCACGUCGCCGCCCACUGCGGCCACUACAAGGUCGCCAAGGUCAUCGUGGACAAGAAGGCCAAUCCCAACGCCAAGGCUCUGAAUGGCUUCACCCCGCUGCACAUCGCCUGUAAGAAGAACCGAGUGAAGGUGAUGGAGCUGCUGCUGAAGCACGGAGCGUCCAUCCAGGCCGUCACCGAGUCCGGCCUGACGCCGAUCCACGUCGCCGCCUUCAUGGGACACGAGAACAUCGUCCACCAGCUGAUCAACCACGGCGCUUCGCCCAACACCAGCAACGUGAGGGGAGAGACGGCGCUCCACAUGGCAGCGAGGGCGGGACAGUCCAACGUGGUUCGAUAUCUGGUGCAGAACGGAGCACGGGUCGACGCCAAGGCCAAGGACGAUCAGACUCCGCUGCACAUCGCCAGCCGGCUGGGGAAGCCCGACAUCGUGCAGCAGCUGCUGGCCAGCGGCGCCUUCCCGGACGCCGCCACCAGCUCGGGAUACACCCCCCUCCACCUGGCGGCCAGGGAGGGACACCGCGACAUCGCCGCCGCGCUGCUGGACAACUCGGCCAGCCUGGGCGUCACCACCAAGAAGGGCUUCACUCCGCUGCACGUCGCUGCCAAGUACGGGAAGCUGGAGGUGGCCAACCUGCUGCUGCAGAAGGGCGCGGCGCCCGACGCCGCCGGGAAGAGUGGACUAACUCCACUGCAUGUGGCGGCGCACUAUGAUAACCAGAAGGUGGCGCUGCUCCUGCUGAACCAGGGAGCCUCGCCGCACGCCGCUGCCAAGAACGGCUACACUCCGCUCCACAUCGCGGCCAAGAAGAACCAGAUGGAGAUCACCACCACGCUGCUGGAGUACGGCGCCUCCACCAACGCCGUGACCCGGCAGGGCAUCACUCCGCUGCACCUGGCCGCCCAGGAAGGCAACGUGGACAUCGUGACGCUGCUGCUGGCUCGAGACUCGCCCAUCAACGUGGGCAACAAAUCCGGACUGACUCCGCUCCACCUGGCUGCCCAGGAGGAUAAAGUCAACGUCGCCGAGGUGCUCGUCAACCAGGGUGCCGCCGUCGACCCCGAGACCAAGCUGGGCUACUCUCCGCUCCAUGUGGCCUGUCACUAUGGCAACGUGAAGAUGGUCAACUUCCUGCUGAAAAACCAGGCCAAGGUCAACGCCAAGACAAAGAACGGAUACACACCUCUCCAUCAGGCCUCGCAGCAGGGACACACACACAUCAUCAACCAGCUGCUGCACCAUGGCGCCUCGCCCAACGAGCUCACCGCCAAUGGGAACAGUGCUCUGUCCAUCGCCCGGCGGCUGGGCUACAUCUCUGUGGUCGACACUCUGAAGGUGGUGACGGAGGAAACUCUGACCACGCAGACCGUGAUCGAGAAGCACAAGAUGAACGUCCCGGAGACCAUGAACGAGGUGUUGGACAUGUCUGACGACGAAGUCCGUAAAGCCAAUGUCCCCGAAAUGAUCACUGAGGACUAUUUUUCUGAUGUGGAAGAAGAGAUGGAUGUUGGAAACAUCUGCGUCAGCUACUCCUGUGACGAUGCGAUGACGGGGGACACGGACAAGUAUCUGGCCCCCCAGGACCUGCGGGAGCUGGGGGACGACUCGCUGCCUCAGGAGGGCUACAUGGGCUUCAGCGUGGGCGCUCGCUCGCAGAGUCCCAAAGUCAGUUCUGAUAGGUCCAACACUCUGAACCGCAGCUCCUUCACCCGGGACAGCAUGAUGAUCGAGGAGAUGCUGGCGCCCUGCAAGGAGACGAAGCUCUGCAAGGAAAGGUCUUUCAUUGUAGAGCACCGCAAUAAGCAUCUGUCCGUGGCGAAGGACUUCGACGGCGACUCUCUGAGGAGGUACAGCUGGACGGCGGACGCGCUGGACAACGUCAACCUGGUGUCCUCGCCCAUUCACUCCGGUUUUUCCUCUCCGCUCCCGCAGUACGACAGCAGGUUCCUGGUCAGCUUCAUGGUGGACGCCCGCGGCGGCUCCAUGAGGGGAAGCCGCCACAACGGCAUGCGCAUCAUCAUCCCGCCCCGGAAGUGCACGGCGCCCACCAGGAUCACCUGCCGCCUGGUCAAGAGGCACAAGCUGGCGUCGCCGCCGCCCAUGGUGGAAGGGGAGGGGCUGGCCAGCCGGCUGGUGGAGGUCGGGCCGGCCGGAGCGCAGUUCCUCGGGCCGGUGAUCGUGGAGAUCCCGCACUUCGGCUCGAUGCGGGGCAAAGAGAGGGAGCUGAUCCUGCUGCGCAGCGAGAACGGCGAGAGCUGGAAGGAGCAUCUGUACGACUGCAAGACCGACGACCUCAACCAGCUGCUCAACGGCAUGGACGAAGAGCUGGACAGCGUGGAGGAGCUGGAGAGGAAGAGGAUCUGCCGAAUCAUCACCAAGGACUUCCCACAAUACUUUGCGGUGGUGUCUCGGAUCAGACAGGAGACCAAUCAGAUGGGACCGGAGGGCGGGACUCUGUGCAGCCGCAGCGUGCCGUUGGUCCAGGCGUCCUUCCCCGAGGGGGCGCUAACCAAGAAGAUCAAAGUGGGGCUGCAGGCACAGCCGGUGCCCGACGACACCGUGAAGAAAAUCCUGGGCAACCGGGCGACCUUCAGCCCCAUCGUCACCGUGGAGCCGCGGAGGAGGAAGUUCCACAAGCCCAUCACCAUGACGAUCCCAGUCCCGCCCCUUUCAGGAGAGGGUCUGACCAACGGCUACAAGGGAGACUGCACCCCCUGCCUGCGGCUGCUCUGCAGCAUCACAGGCGGGACGUCGCCGGCGCAGUGGGAGGACAUCACGGGCACGACUCCGCUCACGUUCGUCAACGACUGCGUCUCCUUCACCACCAACGUCUCGGCCAGGUUCUGGCUCGCCGACUGCCAUCAGAUCCCGGAGACGGUGGGCUUGGCCUCGCAGCUGUACCGGGAGCUGAUCUGCGUGCCGUACAUGGCCAAGUUCGUGGUGUUCGCCAAGAUGAACGACCCGGUGGAGUCCAGGCUGAGGUGCUUCUGCAUGACUGACGACAAGGUCGACAAAACCCUGGAGCAGCAGGAGAACUUCGAGGAGGUGGCCAGGAGCAAAGACAUCGAGGUUCUGGAGGGCCGGCCCAUCUACGUGGACUGCUACGGAAACCUGACCCCUCUGACCAAAACCGGUCAGCAGUUACUUCUGAACUUCUACGCCUUCAAGGAGAACCGGCUGCCCUUCUGCGUCAAGGUUCGAGAUCCCAGUCAGGAGCCCUGCGGCCGUCUCACUUUCCUCAAAGAGUGUAAGACUUUAAAAGGCCUCCCGCAAACGGCCGUGUGUAACCUGAACAUCACACUCCCCGCCGUCAAGAAGGAAACGGAGUCAGAUGCCGAGGAUGAGACUGAAAAGCCAGAGCGACGUCAUACCUUUGCAUCGCUAGCCUUACGUAAGCGCUACAGCUAUCUGGCCGAGCCUGCACUGAAAACAGCACUUGAGCGAAGCGCAGCAGCAAGAACACUGCCUGGUGGUUACCCUCACAAACCUGUCUUUCCAACCAGAACUUUCCCACCAUGGUCGACUGCUCCUAUUACCGUCCCUGGCCAAACAAGGCCCGUCGGAGUGGGGAGUUCCCUCACCCCUACCGAUUCACCGACAGGCUCACCAGCUGCUUCUCCAUUAAAAUCCACCUGGCCCCCCUCAGCACCGUCACCUGCAUGCGCCGCAACUAUCAAAGCCACUCUCGGAGCUUCGCCACCAGGACCUUCCAGUUCAUCCCCAGUGAAAUCAGUCAUUGAAAUAGCGUCUUCAUCCCCCAUCAGGUCUUACAGGACUAUGCCCUCCCCUAUCAAGACUGUUGUUCAGCCGGGUCAGUACCCGGUCCAGGGCUCUGCCAGUCUUGUUUCCUCUGGAAGUCCAAGCAAACCUGCCACAGAUCCAGCGUCUAUCAAAAGUCUUGCUUCUGCAUACACAUCACGGACUUCACCGCUUCACUCGAUACCUAACGGAUCUUCAGCGCCCGGUCCUGCUUCAUCAAAAGCCUCAUACAGCAUGUACAACUCCAGCCUGCCUUAUAAAACGCCCCUUGCUUCCACAAUGGCGACAGAUGCCGGGACACCAACCCUUUCCCCUGUUAAAACCAGCCUUUCCUCGUUAAAGCCCUCUGUAGAUCCACUUUCACCUCGAACGGGAAGGUCGCCUCUCUCGUCUCUCUCCUCAGCAGGUCAGACAACCAUCGCUUCCUCAGAACUCUCCAUGAUGAACGGAUCAGCGUCGCCCGUUAAAUAUCCGUCCUCCUCCUCCACGCCAUCCUCUCCUUCUUCUCGGCUUCUCUCGGAGAGAAGCAGCAGCCUUCAGGAGAGGAUCCAGGCCACAACCCAGGCAGCGACCUCGGGGGUCAGCGCUGCCAUAAACGAAGCUAUAGACUCGUACUCCGUCUCGGGCUAUGGCACUCUCAAAUCCCUGUCCUCCUCACGGAGAUCUGCAACGGCGGCCUCUGCUUAUGGUUCACUGAGAUCUCCUGCCUCCCCGAGUGCAGCAGUCUCAUCCAGUACUGUCACUGUACCUGUUUAUUCAUUGGUUAAUGUUAUCCCAGAGACCCCUGUCAAACCAGGGCCUGGGUCCCUCAAAAUGGCGCUUCCCGAUUCCCCACGUGCUUCAUCGUCAUCUUCCGCUAUGUCUUCCUGUGUUACUGCAACAAAGCUUAAGUCCCAGUUAAAAUCCCCUCCAUUUAUCACUCCUCCUAUCAUCCACCCAACUGCAGCUUCCAAUCAUGAGAUACUGAGAGAUGUAGCAGACAUGAAACAGGACCUGAUCAGAAUGACAGCAAUCCUCCAGACAGACACACAGACAGCAGCUAAAACUGUCCAGACGUCACAAACCGGCACGCCAAAAGAGACCAAGUUAGAGGAUGAAGAGCCAUUUACGCUAGUGGAGAAAGUGAAAGAAGAUUUAGUCAAAGUUAGUGAGAUUUUACAGAAAGAUAUGAGUGAAGGUAAGACGGUUUCAGGUAAAGACAGAGCUUCAGAGGAUGAUUGGGAGGAAUUUUCCAAAGAUGAAAUUGAAGAGGCACAAAGAAGUAUCCUCUCAGACUAUUUUGAUGAAAAUACGCUGCUUCUGAAGCACCAGGCCAUGACUAGCAAAGACUUAGAUUUGGCAAAAGUAGUGGACUAUUUAACAAAUGACAUCGGUGCAAGCUCCCUUUUAAAAAUGGCCGAGCUAAAAUCUAGGUAUGAGGAGGAAACGAAAAGGGAGGGAGAAGGAGAGGAGAAACAGAAACGUGUUCUGAAACCGUCCAUGACAAUACAAGAACACAAACUCAAAAUGCCUCCUCCAGUCUCAGGCAUGCUCAGGUCUCCUUCAGAGAAGGACCUCAGCAAACUAGCCGAGUCGUAUCAGGGUUCAGACACUAUUUUGGAAUCACCUGAGGACCUGUCCCAUGAGCAGGAUAAGAGUCCAUUGUCAGAUAGUGGAUUUGAGACCAGGAGUGAGAAAACCCCUUCUGCUCCCCAGAGUGCAGAAAGCACAGGACCGAAGCCUUUGUUCACUGAUUCACCAAUCCCACCCUGCGUCACUGAGACCAGGACGGAAGUUGUCCACAUUAGGAGUUUUGAGCAGCCUGAUGAACCUUGUGAACCUGGACUUAUGGAAGAAGCUGCAUCUGCACUUCCAGCUAUAGAGCCUGAAGUGGCUUUAGCGAGCUCCAGCAAAGCUCUGCAAAUGAAAAUACCAGAAGAAGAUACAAUGAACAAAAGCAUGUGUCUUAAAGAGGAAACUCAUAUUACUACUACCACCAGAAUGGUCUAUCACAAGCCCCAGCUGACUGACGGCACAGAGCUGAUAGAAGAAGCCAUGUCAGUAAGAGAUAUCAUGAAAGCCUUCCAGUCAGGUAGAGACCCGUCGAAAGAGCUGGCCGGCCUUUUCGAACACAAAGCUAGUCAGGAUUCUGUUAAAGGUGAUGAGUUGACACCAAGAUUUCUUGACCGAGACAUUAAGUCCAAGCCUAAAGUUGAGAGGAUAAUUGAGGUUCAUAUUGAAAAGGGUCACAGCACGGCAGAACCCACUGAGGUUAUUAUCAGAGAAACCAAGAAACACCCUGAGCUUUACGUCUAUAAAGGUGACCGGGGAAUUAGGGAACUCACUGACUAUGAUGAGGCUCAACAGGAAGAGGAGGAGCUUACUGCCGAAGAAACUUUGCCCUCCUUCCUGGAAACGUCCCGCGUUAACACCCCAGUGUCACAGGAGGAAGACAGUCGCCCGAGUUCCGCCCAGCUAAUCGCAGACGAUUCGUAUAAAGCACUGAAACUGUUGAGCCAACACUCUGUAGAAUACUGUGAUGACGAGCUAUCGGAGAUUCGAGGGGAGUCUUAUAGGUUUGCUGAGAAAAUGCUACUCUCAGAGAAACUUGAUGUGUCUCCGCUUUCUCACUCCGACACGGAGGAAACCACGGCUGACAAAAGCCGGCCCCCAGUUUCCGACGAUAGAGGUAGCCGGGGCACUGAGGGUGUGGGACACGGUAGCCCAAAACGAGAGUUUGUCUCAAAGCCGUCCAAAGACGGAACUCCGAAGUCGGGUAAAUACUUGCACAGAGAUGAGCCAUCUCAGUUUGAUAAGGUGACAGUGCUCCAUUACUCCACAGAACAAGGCAGCCCCAAACAUGCAGUUUGGAUGCGAUUUACAGAGGAUAAACAUGACAGGAGCAGGGAUAAGCUGCUUUAUGAGGACAGGGUGGAUCAAACUGUGAAAGAAGCCGAGGAAAAACUCAGCGAGGUAUCGCAGUUCUUCCGCGACAAAACCGAGAAGCUGAACGACGAGCUGCAGUCCCCUGAGAAAAAACCAGUACGACGGGGGCUAAAGGAGCCCAGGUCCUGGCCUAGCUCAGCCUGCAGCAGUCCCGAAAAAACACAGCAGAAACCUAAAGCAGGAGAGGAGGGAUUCAAAAGCAAACUCAGGGAGCCUUCAGUCAAUAAAGUGUAUGGUAGUGCGACAGCAGCUGAGAAGAAAAGCUAUAGCUUACCAAGCAGCCCGCAAAAAAGUGUUCUCUCUCAUAUGGGUGAGGAACAAAUCAAACAAACCAAAAUCAGUGAGUCUGAACCGUCUUCUCCCGCUCAUACAAAGUCAACAUCUAAAGUAAGUGCAGUAAGAAUGAAAUUUGAAUCUGAGGCUCAGAAAAUCGUUCAGUCCAGUCCAACUAAAACUCCUCCCCCCGUUCAGCCAAAACCUUCAGUGAAGAAAUUACAAGAGAGCAAGCUUCCUGUUUAUCAGUUUAUUUCUGGAGGAAAACCCAGAGUGGCUGAUACGUCAGAAGAAAACCAGAAAAAAGACAUUGAGAAAGAGGCAGAUGUAAGUAAACCUGCUUUGAUGUCAACAUCUAAAGUGCCAAAAGCAGACAAGCUGCCUAAUAAAAAUAUCUCCGAAGCAUCAGUACAAAGUAGUGACUGUAAGACUGCCAAAAUUACUGCUAAAGUGAAAGACAUUAAGUUGACUGUUACUCAGGAUAUUAAAGAAAGCAAUAAAGUUCAGAUGUCAGUCAGUCAAGAUACUGCUAAAUUAGAAGAAAAAGGCAGCAGUGCAAAAACGCUUCAACAAAUCCCAAAAGCUGAAUCACCUUCCAAGGAGAAAAUAGUCCAGUUACCUAAACAGGAUGGUGAGGAACCAGUCAAUAAAAACCUCAGAAAAAGGACAGAAUCACAGAUUCCUGUGAGAACACCGUCCCUCUCUUUAGAUAAUGACCUGACAAAGAAACAGACAACAACUAAACCCUCACAAAUUCCUACACUAUCUAAAGUCAAGAGUCCUGAGAAAGCCCCACCGAAAACAGAUUUAACCUUCGAAAUUCUUGAUAAUGCUCCCAAAGAUUCGAAUUCUAAUAACCUUCCGAGCCCGAGAGAAAUGCUAGAGAAAGUCAUAACACCUCCGGUUGCCGUGACAACAAAAGAGAACUUCAAGGGCAUCAAAACAUUGCCAGUUUACGUUGGUGUCCAGGUGGGGCGGCAGGCAGAGAGGGAAGCCAAAGGAGCCGUUUCCAUCGUGAGACAGAAAUCAAAUUCGGGACUCAGUCCCAUCAGUCCGGACGAUGACACACUGGAGCAGGUCUCUUUCAUGGACAGCUCAGGGAAAAGCCCCCUGACCCCAGAGACCCCCAGCUCCGAGGAGAUCAGCUACGACCUCACGUGUCGGACCCCUGACGGCUUUAUGGGAUUCAUGCCGGGAAAACCAAGCACCAUCAUGGAAGUUUCUGAGGAAUCAGAAGAAGACAAUCAGGGCAAGGUUGCUUUUCCUUUCGGAGAAAUCAAAAGAGAAAGUGAAACUAGUGCCCGUGUUACCCAAGCAGACCUCGCUAACGCUAAUAAAGAAGACACACAGGUUCUUGAUAACCAGCAGGAAUUAGCCGAUGAUUUAGAACAGGAAGAAAAGACAGUCAUUGAUCAAAUAACGUUGCAGGAGCACCAAGAAGUUUCGAAAGAUAAAGGUAUCGCUUAUAUCGAGUUUCCUCCCCCUCCCCCUCUGGACUCGUCUUCAGAAAUGUCAGAUCCGGAGAGGAAAGGUUCCUGCGCCUCUUCAGAGACUGAGACAGAAAUGAUGGAGGUGAACUUGCAGGAAGAACACGACAAGCAUCUGCUCAUCGAGCCAAUUAUUCGCAUACAGCCUCCUUCCCCAGUUCCCCCCGAGGGGGAUGACAGUCAGUCAAAUGCUGAAGAUGCAGACAAGGAUGAUGAUGAUGAUGAUGAGUCAAUCUUCCAGCCAAUCCCAUGUAAGAAAUUCUCUUUUAAAGCUCCUGAGGAGGAGGAGAAGAGGAAGGAGAAAGAAAAGGCAGCCAAACUCAAAAAACACGAUAAAAAUGGGAACAACAAAGACCAUCAUAAUGGGACAAACGGCAGCAACGGUUCCAGCAACGGUGCUAAAGUCUCAAAUGGAAAAGUCGAGGACUAUGAAUAUGAACAAAAUGGAAAUGACCAGUCAAUAACAGACUGUUCAAUAGCAACAACGGCAGAAUUUUCCCACGACACAGAUGCAACAGAGAUAGACUCCCUAGAUGGAUAUGAGCUUCAGGAUGAGGACGACGGCCUGUGUGAGCAGGCAGAUCUACGGCUGUUCGGACUUCCGGACAGCCGAAGGGACGUUUGGGCGACAGAGACGUAUCGGUCCACUGACCGCUCUUUUCCCCCUACCAAACUUGAAGUGAUUGAAGAGGAGAAAACCCCCGAGGAAUGCCAAAAGGACACUUUGAAAAAAGACCCCCCUUCAAAUGGGGGCAAACCUGAUGGUGUUAGUAAAGAUGGAGGUAAAGGUCAGGAACAAAAGCAUUCAGAUAAAGAGGGCUUUUCAGACACUUAUUUUAGUUACAAGUUGGAAGAGGAGUUUAACUCUCCUUUCAAGACUGUUGCCACCAAAGGCCUAGACUUUGACCCCUGGCCCAAUAAAAGUGGCGAAGAAGAGGUUGUUGACAUGGGAGGGGCACGGGGAAGCAAUGGUGAGCCGAAGCCAUUCGGACUGGCGGUGGAAGACCAGUCCCAGGCGACCACGCCAGACACGACCCCGGCCCGAACGCCAACGGACGAUAGCACGCCGACGAGCGAGCCAAACCCAUUCCCCUUCCAUGAAGGGAAGAUGUUUGAGAUGACGCGCAGUGGUGCGAUUGACAUGAGCAAGAGGGACAUGGUGGAGGAGAGGCUCCAGUUUUUUCAGAUUGGCCCUCAGAGUCCCUGUGAGAGGACAGACCUCCGGAUGGCCAUAGUGGCCGACCACCUCGGACUCAGCUGGACUGAGCUGGCCAGGGAGCUGGAUUUCUCUGUGGAAGAGAUCAACUUCAUCAGAGUGGAGAACCCCAACUCCCUGACAGCACAGAGCUUCAUGCUCCUAAAGAAAUGGGUGCACAGGGAGGGUAAAAACGCCACAACGGACGCUCUAACCGCGGUGCUGACUAAGAUCAAUCGGUUGGAUAUUGUGACUUUGCUGGAAGGGCCCAUAUUUGACUACGGUAACAUUUCAGGCACACGCUGCUUUGCCGAUGAUAACGCAGUAUUCCCGGAUCAGUCCGAUGGGUACCACAAUAUAGACCUGGAGCUGCAGACCCCCUCAGACCUCAGCUACGUGCCCCCCACCCCUCUGCGCUCGGACGACUUCUUUAGCGAGGGCGACGCUAGCGUAGAGUCCCCUAGCAAGGCGGCGCCCGCCAGGCCUAGCGACCUCUCCCUCACUCAGACCACCAGUACGUCCAGCAGCGACCCCCCCACCGUGGCCCCUCGGAGCGGCUCCAACGCCGCCCGGCCGCCCGUCGUCCGGCCCGAGGACGCCGCCCCGACCGAGCCGGCUCCGGAUAACGACCGCAGGGCGGCGGAGCGGUCAGGAGGGGGCGCUGAGGCGGAGCCGGCGGAGGGGCGGGGGCUCGCUCUGAAGAGGCAGGUAGGAAACCUGAAAGACGAGGCGGCCUCGGACGGGAGGGAGGAGGACGAGGAGAUGACCCCGGAGAGGCUGCAGAGUCUGCUGGACGACAUCCAGCUGGAGGGGGGCGCGGAGGAGGACGAGGAGAUGACGGAGGAGAGGGUGAACGCCAUCCUCCAGCAAGUGCGCCAAGCAGAACGAGACCUGUGUUCAGUUCCAGGCUGGAGCGAGACGGCGGCCGCCAGCGGAGAGGCCGCGGCGCCCGGAGCCAGUCCCGAGGAGGGCAGCCCCGACAGUCUGGCCGAUUCUCUGGAGCAGCCCCCCCUCCGGACCGACAGGCUGAACGGCGAAGCGGCGAGGAGUAAAGGCCCUCAGGACGGCGGCGGCGGCGGCACGGCCGGACCAAGCAGAGCCCAGCAGGACGGCGGAGACCGGUCCCAGCACAAAGCCCAGGGGGAGGAGGCCAGAAACAUUCCGGGGGAGUCUGUGACGGAGGAGCAGUUCACAGACGAAGACGGGAAUCUGGUCACCAGAAAAGUGAUCAGAAAGGUGGUGCGCCGGGUUUACAACACUGAGGAGAGGCGGGAAAGUGAAGGGGAGGUAAUAGCAGACGAGGCUGAUGGUGCUGCUGGUGGUGGAGCUGCUGGUGCUGCUGGGGGAGGAGGGGGAGGAGGUGGUGGUGCAGCCGCUCCAUCCUCGGCGGGGAAAAGCAAGAAGAAGUCAAAGCGCUCCCGCCACAAGGAGGAGAGAGGGAAGACUGAGCCCGGAGACAAGAAACAAGGGAAGAAGAGUCAGUCGUAACGGGAGCGCUCCCACCGACACCUGGUGGGCGCCCUCCACCUGCCACCCCACACUCGACCUCGGGGGAGGAACCGCGACCCGGAGCCCCGAUGAGAAUCGAUCCGGUCGACCCUCAGCGUGUCUCCAGCUUCCACUUCGACGAAAAAAACAGAAAAACGCAUGUUUUUUUUUUUCUUUAUUCUUUUUUUUUUUUUUUUUUUUUUCUGCGAGAGCGAUUUCCUUUCCUUUGAUUUCGCAUGAGCAUGUCACUAAAACUCACGAGCCGGCCGGACGGCGGCGGCGGCGGCGGCGGCAGGACGCGCAUGGACGUGAGCGGGAACUUUCUCCUGAAGCGGCACGAAGCCAGACGAGAAAAUGAAAAUGAGAACGAAAUAAAGCGGACUGUGAGACGGACUCUCAGACACUCGCCUUACACGGUCCGCCGCAGCACCUGCUUCUUUUAUACACACCCAGUCCAACGGCGGAUUUUCUUUUCUCCUUGUAUAUAAAUGACACUGUACAAAAAGAAUCAGUAGCUUCACAGAUUGUUUAUGCACUGAUUUGCGUUGAUGAAGCUUUGCAGACUUUGUAUUGAGAGCAGGGUGUGGGUGUGUGCGUGUGUGCGUGUGCGCGUGUGAGACCUGACAUGCUCUUCCUGAUACCACAAAAAAAAAAACACAAAAGGCAAACGAACAGCUUGAUUUGAAGCCUUUCCUUUUAACUCGGUCGUCUGGGAUUCUUUGCUGCAUGUGUCGUCGUCACUUUAUGGUUCUUUUAAUUUUAAUUUUAAUUUUAUUUUCCUUCUGAUUGGAAGCACUGCUCAACACUUCCAGUUCUUCUGUCUGCACUCAUCACAGAACCAUCAAUCCUGUCAUUUAUUACUGUUUUUUUUUUUCUUUUUAACAAGCAGAAAACACACACUCCACUAAAACUGUCCCCGAAUAUAACUGCAGACGAGUGUGUGUGUGUGAGUGUGUGUGUGUGUAACAUCCAAUACUACAAGUUCAAGCUUUUAGGUCGACUGUGGUUUUAACAAAAAGGGGACGUGUUUGUUUUGUUAUUUUAGGUGAAGACAGAGAAAAUGACUUUCAGCCCGAACUCUUUGUACAAACAGCUGGAAUCUGUCGCUCGCUCACUUUUCAAAGGGGAUUUUCUGUUUCCGUUCUCGUGUAAAUCUCUUUUCUUUUCAUACCGAUCCACCCGCAGCGUCUGUUUGUUCAAUCUCUGGUACCGACAUGUAUGACGAACCAACAUAGCCUACACUGGAUGAUCCAAGUAAUUAUUUAAGCAGAAGAAUAAAUUGUGUUUAAACUGAA